AGGUGGAGCGCUUCCACUGCUGGUCAAGGGGUGAAAACCCCUCGGGCACCAGGACAGAGACACACAGAGGUUUGUGCAGGGCAGCAGCCUCAGCUGGGAUGGGUGGUGGGGGGGAAGAGCCAAAGCCGCUGUCCCCAGAGCUCAGGCCAGGAUGUGCCUGGUGGGGGGAAAAUCAGCUUGUGGGGCACGGAUCUCAUGGCCCUGCUGCUGUUCCGAGGUGCUUCGUGAGCUCGCCUCCUGCUGAUUCUGACUGUCCCGAAGUCAGUGGGGAAUAUUUUUUAAGUGCUACAGCUGGCACACCAAUAGUGCCCGUGCAGAAGGUUAAAACACCCCAGGGAACUCCAGCUUUGCAUGGCCGUGUGAACUAAGAACAAGCGAGGGGGAAAACGACGAACGUUUUUACCAGACCCAGCUUCUCAGGAAAGGGAAAACAGCGCUGGUUUCGGGAACCCCACACCCCCCUGCAGCGCUGCGACCUUGGCGAGCACCCUGAGCGGGGAAGGGCGGCGGGCGAAAAACCACCCGACCCCGGGGCCUCCCGCCUGCGCCGCCGCACUUCUCCUAUUUUCCGGCUCAAAUAGGGGGGUGCCGGCGGGGCCGGGGAUGGGGCCGGCAUGGCAGCGUGGGUGGCCUUGCUGCUGGGGGUGCUGCUGGCGACCCACCGCCCCGGGGGUGCAGCCCUCCUGGAAGCCAAUGGCAACCUGAGCUGCCGCUGCGCCAAGACCACGGCUGCCUUCAUCCACCCCUCCAAGUACGAGAGCGUUGAGGUCCGGCCGGUGGGGAGCAGCUGCCGGCGCCUGGAGGUGGUGAUUAAGCUAAAAUCCCUCGAGAGGGUCUGCGUGGAUCCCAACGCCCCCUGGGUGAAGAAACUCCUGCAGGACCUCCCGAAGCUGAGGAAGAAAGCUGCUCCUCCCUGAGGAAGCUGCCGCCGCCGGGACACACAGAUGGGUCCUGCCCAAAUCUGGGCAGCCCCCAGCCUGGAGGUGCUGCCGUGUGAUGCCCCGCGGCUGUUUUCCCCCGUUUCAUACACCUAAACCCCUGCAAAUGCCCACACGUGCUUCCCUUGCCCCCUCCCCACGGUGCCGUUCCCCGCCACCCCUCGGCACCAGCAAGAAGCGCGAUGUCCCCUCCAGCACACGCAUCCAAUAAAGGUUGGAUUUACCACCCCCGUUACCGUC